AUGUAUAAAUUCCAAAUAAAGAUACCCAGAUUUAUGAAUGUAGGACAAGAAAUACUCAAAUCAAUAGAGAAUGGAAACAAGGCUGAAUCCUAUUACAAAAUACUAGAUGAACUUAUAAUGGAAAUCAGUGCUUGUAUUACUAGGACAGAUAAAAUAUGGAAUAAAUCAAAGCGCAAGUUCAAGAAACGCCUUGACAAACUUUUAUUACUGCGUAUCAAACCCGGCAUAAACACAUUGAACUUUUGUAGAAGUAUAAAUGGAUUAUCGAUAGAUAAUGACAUAAACAACAUGGAUGAAAAUGAAGAGUCAAGAAACCAGAUGACAAAAAUAGACAUGAAAAUAAAAUAUAUUUUUGACUGUCUAGACAGUAAAAAUAAAAUCUGUGUAACUGCAUUCAGGGAAUAUGUUAAGGAGCACAAAAAAGAGCAGUUUGUGAUGGACUUCCGAAAUGCAUUAGAAGAUCCAGAACUGAGAGAUUUAAUUUAUGCGAUUCCUAUAGAGUUUGAUAAUGGAGAAACAUGUGUAUAUCGUUGUGAUAAAGAAAAAGGUGGUAGAUUUAUGGUGUUUGAUUGGACUACGGAAUGCACAAACAUGCUUUUACAUGCAUAUACAUGCAUUGAAUCGAUUUUAACUGAUGAAGCAAAUGUGAAUAAAUGGAAGGAGAAUCUUCAGGUAAUAAAGCAGCAGAUGAAAAGAAUACACACAACAUUGAACUUCAUGUACAGAAUGUUUGAUUUUGAUUCAAAAGAAGAGAAUAGGGUGGUUGAUGAAAUUAAAAGGCAUGGAUUUGAUAUUGAUACACAUGGGAUGUUUAGUAAAACUACUCAUAUGCUAGAAAAUAUCAAGGUUGGGUUUCAGAAUACACGAUUACGAGCACUGGCUUACAAUUACCAUUUGAAGGGUUUAAAGUAUGUAUUAAGGUAUGAUGAACAAAACGAUAAAAUCGAAAUAUUUAUGAUAGGAAUCAAUUGUUGUGUAUUACUGGAUUUAGUUGGGUAUUUAGUGUGUGUAAUAAUGCUAUUUAUUGGAGUUGGAUAUGUAGUAGGAGUAGAUGUGAGUAAGAUUUAUAGAUUAAAGUUGUGUGUGUUUGCAAUAUCAGUGAUUGUACCGAUUGUAUCUAUGGUACUUGCAUUGAAUAGCAUGAAAGCAAUGUGUGAAGAGAACAAAAUCAAGGUACCAGUAGCCGUAGCAUUACCUGCUGUAAGUGCAAUGUGUUUAAUGAUAGUAAAUGUGUAUGUUUACGUUAUGAACGAAUGUGUGAUGUCACUGUGUGAACUACUUAUUCAUCUUUCAAUGACAUUGCUUGUUGUGAUGAGCAUGAGCGUGUGCAUAUGGCGAGACGUUUAUGAUGAGAUGUUGAUGUGUGGAGUGAAUGUGUUAAUGAUUAUUGGAUAUUUAAUACGCAAAGUGUGUGUAAAUAUAAUUGAUGGAGAAUACAGUGAUGUAGCAAUGAAGUUGAAGAAUGUAGUGGAGAUAGGAUUGGUAGUGACAUCAC